GUCCUGGGCCACAGAGUACCCAGCCUGCGACGGGUGGAGGCAGUCGCCCAUCGACCUGCAGAGAAAGAAGGCUCAGUUCAAUCCCCAACUGAAGGCGCUCAACCUGAUGGGCUACGAUACUGCCUCUGACAGUUUCUCCAUGACCAACAAUGGCCACACAGUGCAGGUCAGCCUGUCCCCGUCCAUGAGCAUGACGACCCCCGACGGCACCGAGUACAUAGCCAAGCAGAUGCAUUUCCACUGGGGCGGCGCCUCUGCCGAGGUCGGCGGCUCGGAGCACACCGUGGACGGGAUCAGGCGUGUGAUUGAGGUCCAUGUUCUUCACUACAAUUCUAAAUAUGACAGCUAUGACAAAGCCCAAAGAGAACCAGAUGGCUUGGCCGUGAUAGCAGCCUUCAUUGAGAUCAAUGAAUACGCUGAAAAUACCUAUUAUAGCCAGUUUAUUUCUCGCCUGGCCGAAAUCAAGCAUCCAGGAGACGUCACUACCUUGGAGAACCUCAAUGUGCGGAACAUGCUGCCAGAGGACAUGUCCCAGUACUACACCUACCUGGGCUCCCUCACCACUCCGCCUUGCUCCGAGAACGUCCUGUGGUUCGUGCUGGCAAACCCCAUCUUCCUCUCCAGGGUCCAGGUGUGGAAGAUAGAGAACUCCUUACUCAAUCACCAGAAUCAUACCAUUCAGAACACUUACCGCACGACCCAGAACCUGAACGACAGGGUCGUGGAAGCCAGCUUCCCGUACCGCCCCAAGCACGGGGAAAUCUUCAUUCAUAAAAGGAAGUGAUGCAGUUCGGACGAUGAGAAGGAAUUUGUA